UGUGGUUAUUUAACAGCGCAGCCUUGCCGCACCGUGCAGCGAAGGCUAUCUAUAAGCGGCGCAGCAAAUACCGAAUUUACACACACAAGACCUGCAGCCUGUAAGAAGAAAGAGGAGGAGGCCAAAAUCUCGCAGCCCCAGAACCACAUCAAGAAGCCGCGGCUGGUCUUCACGGACAUCCAGCGUCGGACACUGCACGCCAUCUUCAAGGAGACCAAACGGCCGACCAAAGAGAUGCAAGUCACCAUCGCCCAGCAGCUGGGCCUGGAGCUCAGCACCGUCAGCAACUUCUUCAUGAACGCCCGCCGGCGCUCGCUGGACAAGUGGCAGGACGAGAUGGGGAACAGUACCCACGGCAACCCCAACGGGAACGGCGGCUGCGGAGCCAACACCCCGACGACGAUAACCCCCAAGAGCGAAUUCAAGGCGUAGGGUCAGAGCUAAGAUUUAUUUAUUGAUAUCGGAAUCUAGAAACAAAGUUUUUAAAAAUCCUGGGAUACCAUCUUGGAAAGACGCCGAGCAAACUCUCCCCCCCCCCCCCAUGACAACAUCCCCUGAAGAGCACAUUCAAGGCAUAAAUUCAAGUCUUAGCCAAUGACACAAUACACUUAUUUACAUUUGAAUUCAGGAAAUACAAGAUAUUAAGUACUGGGAAACCUUUUUUGAAAGAAUUCAUGUAGAAAACCUUUUAGCCGACACGUGCCAGCGUUGUGCUAAAAGAUAGAUGCUUACGUAAUACUCAGCUCUAUUCACAUUUUUAAGUCUAAAAUGUGUAUUGGCUCCAUGCAUGAAUAAGAGAGGGCGCUUUUUUACCACUGUCAAGAGCCCCAUGGACGGGACGCACCGCGUGCGCGUACUGGUUCCCACACCUAAAGCGCAAAGUACGCACGACUUAUUAUAUUUGAAUGUGUACAAAGCCAUAGCAUCUUCGCGUGAGUGUCAGGCGUUGUCGGCAAUGCGUUGCAUUGUCGACUCCCAGUGGUCUCCCCCAACUCUCCAUUUCUCGCCGUUGAGGGGUAGUUGCAAUGCACGGAGUCCAUACAUGUAGACAAGCGUAUUGGGCCAAAGUUGACUUCACAUGCUAAAGCAGAGCAACAAUGCCAUGUGAAGUUUUGAUCAGCAUGAGGGUUGCAAUUUAUGGAAGUGCUAAGUCAAAAAAUUUGCUGGGGAAGUUUGCUUGAAUCGUUAAUCGAGAAUCAGUCACAAACAAGUACAUGUAGGUGACAUGACAAUUGGGUUUUUGUAGCUGUUCUUGCAAACCAAGAUUUCUAUAUUUCUCAGCAAAUGUGUACUCACAUGCAACUAUAUGAAAUUUGGCCCACGAACUGACUUUACAAUGUACUUUCUCAAUACUUGAACGUGUGAUAAUAUUCUUACAGCUACCCCAAAAGUUAAAAACCAUUUCUUAUUUGUUUCUUGGUUAGACACUAUACUUUUUGUAUGUUCAUUGCACAAGCAGGAUUUUUUCCCAACAAUGACAUAUUAGUAUUUCCAAAACCUAAUAUUGGAGCAAUUCUCUCAAUUUCUUAUAUGGACAUGUAAAUAUAAUAUCUCAGGAAAGAUGUACAUUAUUUUAUUGUACAGGUGUUUUAGGUGUUUGGUUUCAUUUCAGUAAAAUCCUCACCGGACUUUUUGGUUUGGAUCUUGCAAAGAAAAAUUGCAGAAACUAUAGGCCUAUUGUCCGACACUUGGAAAAGUAAAUCAGUUUUUCUUUAAAGGCCCGUCUCAAUUCAUAUCGGGGUAGAGUUCCAAACACGUUGCAGGUAGAAUCAUUCACUUUGUCAGGGAAGAAGCUUGCAUUUGUCUUGGACAUGUUCCGCGGAAAUUUUAAUUAGCAACAGCUUGACUCACCAAUACUGAUAACUUCUUUGCAAGAAGAUUGCGGGGAAGUUGUUCAAAAUCUUGCAACUUAUACCCGAUACUAUGUCUGCAACUUGUCCAUAGCUCGUCCAGGAUAUAAAUUCAGUCGGUCCCUGAACAUUUUACAGCUGUAAUUUAGGGGCGGAAUUUUCAUAGAGUAUGGGAAAUGUUUGCCCCAUAAAAUUUCACUCAGCAAUUAUGACAGUGUUAAGACCCAACCUUAUUUUGACUUUAUUUGGAGGAAACAUCCGAUGAAAUCAUUUUCCCAGCUAAAAGCAGCAUUUUUCUACUUGCAUGUACAAAUGUACCAGUAGUGUUGGCUUUGGGCCCCAUAAUCAGAAUAUCUUGGCUCAACCAGUCAAAAACAAAAUUUGCUUUUUCGAAACCAAUAUUUUUUGAUGGAGUAUUGGCAAAUCCGUUUGAUCGGGUUGUGUAUACAAAAGUAACACAAAACUGCAAUAAGUUCUUCAUGUAUUUCUACCUCUUUUCAAUACUCUUUUAGUCGGACUAGUGGCAAAACUUCAAUAGGUUUUUGUUUUUCCUUUUUGUAGAAACUUUUUGUUAAAAUCAACAGAGUGGCAAUAUGAUACUUUCUUUUCACUGCUUUAUCGUGGUGGAUCUAUUUUACGUGUGUGCUUUUGUUCACCUAAGGACAAGUUUCAUUGAUUUCUUAAACAUUCCAUAAUGCUUUAGAUUUUUUUUUUCUCGGUCACAGUACAAGUUUGUGUAUAUUUUUUUGCCGUAUUUAAGCACAUAAUUUAUUACAGUUUUAUUUUGAAAAACCAAACUGCUCACUAUUUAGCUGUUUGAAUCAGAAGAGAUCGCUCGUUCGCUCGCUGGUGAACUUCAGACCAAAAUCAUUCCAGAAUCGUGUUACAAAUAAAGAAUUGGAAAUUAGAUUUUUGGAAAGUGUUUUGGUUGAUUUGCGUGCCGUUCCGUGCUGCAGGCUACAUACUUAAAACAUAGACUUGGUGAGGUUUUCUGUAGAUACUUAUGUAUUUUGAAGAAAAAAAAUAGUAAUUUAUUUGUAAAGACAAAACAGUGUAAUACCAAAGUGAGAAAAAAAGUGGGCAGAGGAACAUUUAAACAUAUUUGUCCAUUUUUAAUUAAAUUUUUCUUUUUUUAACAUGAUUUUUUUUUCAUGUUAAGAGUGGGUAAUUCUUCGAAGAAUUUACACUCAAUCUGCGGCCAGCAUAUACUUAACAUAUUUAAGAGUUAGCUUACUUCUUAUUUCAGAUUCUGUAAAUUUGUUUGCAAUUUUUUUUUUAGUUUGUGUUUGAUUUAGCUUUUGAUUAGACGGUUUGAUUAAAGUUUAGACAACAAGUUCUCCAAUUCUAAGAAUUGGCCUAGAAUGCACGUUUACUUUUAGAAUUUUUUUAAAACAAUUGAAUUUCACAUUUCAAAAUGUGUUUUAUUUUGCUAAUUCAGCACAUGUCAUUAUUAUUUCAUCACCAUGGCGAUAUGCACCCGUCAAAAAUUACUCUAACCCCAAGCUUUCAAACUUUUGGUUCAGUCAAAUUGCAGAAGUCAGGAUGCCAGUUGGAGCCCUUAAAAUGCAAAGGCCAUUGAAGAAAUGUCGGCUUCAGUUGCGGCUGUAGCUUAAAAUCACUUAGUAAGAUCCGACCCUAUAAGCUGAUACCUAGGUUUAGGAAAUUGCCAAAAUAAGCAAAUGUCAGAUCAGAAUAACAAAUGGCAAGUGCAUUGCAUAUCCAUUUUCUUUUCAAUACUUCCAAGUCACCGGGGUUUCAUUGCCAAAUUUGUAGAGUAGACUUUGUUAAAAUUAUCGGUUAUGAAUUUCAUCUGUGAGAUUGGCAUAAAUUCUGUUUGAAUUUCUUGUAUUUGAUUUGAAUUAGCAAUGCUGGUUAUAAACCAGUAUUGAGAAUUUCUUCCAGCUUCAUCAAGAGGCUUUUGUCUGUUUCAUAUUAAAAGUAUAGGGAGGCAAUGUUUAUACAGUGGUGAUGAGAACCAAAUUCUCCCUACGUAUAUGUACAAGUUGUUGGUUUAAAAAAAAUGCAGCUUUUGAAAUAUUCAUAGGAAUUGUUUAACCUGUGAAGACUUUUAUUGCAAAAGCCGACAUUGUUUUUUGGUUUCCCCCUCGGAAUUGUAAUUAUUUGGUUGUACAAAGUUUGAACUGAAAUUUGAGAAAGACACAUUUCGGAACUUUUUACUAUUGUGUGCGUUUGUUUUGUGCAAUACAACCUACUGUAAAUACACAUUAAUGAGCAAGUUUCAUCAAGAACUAAUUUUGGUCUUACUGUUGGUCCUUUGUUGACAGCAUUGCACCUAUGUGCUAAUGUUAAACUUCAAACAAGCUUCAUUUCAUUAUGUUCAAUUGUCAUUACAAAAAUGGCAUGGUCCUGGUACCCUGCCAUACAUGUACUUGUUACAACAUUGGUAUGGCUGUUGGUAACCAGUGCUGCAAGCAACUUUUAGUCUGGUUUCAAAUAUUUGACAACACUAGCCAACCAACGACAAGCUCCUUUUUGUUUUACGAAUAUUAGUUUAAAAAAAUCAUAGUUCUUGAUUAAACUUGCUCAGAUUUUAGAAGCCUGACGUGGUGUGUGAUUGGUCGACUGUUGUGAAUAUUUAAUUAGGAAUUUUUGGACCUAAAAAAUUUGACCAUGGGACAUAUCCUGCCUGGUUUUUUUUUUGUCUUUUUUUUUCUAAGCAUUUUGUUGGUUGGUUUUUCAAAAUUAUUUUGGUAGUUUAUUAUCUUGGAAAAACAUUGUCACAUACUCUUUUGUUUUUGCUGUGCAAUGCCUCAGUACAUAAUUGGUGUGUAACACUUCAGUUGGGAGUUCAUCAGGUAGAAGUAUAGAGAAUUUAAAAUCAUAGGUUUUGAAAACGUAAAAUACAGGCAACGUCAGACUAGUCGCAAGCCUAGUUUAGAUGCUCCGUACCUACCCUGGGUCUUUCAGAUUUGAAUGUAAUCAUUUUAGAAUUCUGUCCUUAAUAAUUUCAAUAUUUUAUGUACUUAAAAUGUAUGGUACUUAAAACAGGCGAUUUGUGUGCUCGCAUUUAUGGAACAAUUUGGAAAUCCUAUACAGAUUCGUUAAUUUGUAUGAGUUUUGGAUUAUUUUGCAAACUUUAUAGUUUAACAUUUCAAAAUUAAUUUAUAUGUGGGACCACAUGGAAUUUUCUGGUUAUAUAUAAAAAUACACAUUUGCAAUAUGGUUCGACUGAGGGAAUUCUAUAAUACGACUGUGUGCAACGUAGCUCAUUAAGAUCAAAAUUAAUCAUACUCUAGAUUUUGAAUUAUUUUGAAAAGCCCAUGGCUAUUCAAUAAAUCUUUCAAACCAUGUAUAAUCUUCAAUUUUUUGUAAGCAUUUCAACACUACUUGGAUAACACAAUGGUUUUUAAAAGACAGAUAUUCAUAAUUUUGGCAGACAGUAAAAGUGACCAAGUAUCUCUCGUCUUGGAGCUAACUGUAGGCCUAUUAUAAUGAAAGAGCAAAUGUGAUUGGCCAGAUCAAUGCGACAAUCAAAGAACAUCCGAUCCGCGGCUUAUCACGUGACAGGGUCACGGUCAAGCAUCUGACAUCUGAUUGGAUAAAGCGAGGUGACAAUCAGCCAAUGAACAUCUUUGCAUUGCAACCGCUAAUUGCAUCAAAUAUUAAUCAAUGUAGAACAUAUUAGACCAAAUAUGCUUUCAUCCGUAAUUUUUUUUUUUCAAAAAAAGGCGGGACGAUUGGUAUAAAAUUCUAAUGUAAUUAAACAAUCGAAUCUAGGGUUUGUGUACACUUUACGAUGUAAGAUUUUACAAUACUGUUAUCUGUAUAUGAAAAGCGAAGAUGUCAAUUAUAUAUAAAUACCGUUUGAAAUAAAACUUUAAGGGUCUUUAUGUCUGGAAA